AUGAGAGGGAAUAUUUUGAAAAGAGGGGAAAGAGAAGAGGGCGAAGAAUGCGAUGGAAGCGGUUGGCACGUAGCGGUGGGAACUGGGAGGGGCGGCACGUGUGAAGGGGAGGAGCUGAGUUGGCGGCAUGCAUGGCGAGUGGUGUCAUCGGGAACUGUGAAAGCCGCCACCGUCACCGGCUUCGAGGCAGUGGGGAACGUAAAUAAUAAAGAUUUGGAUGAAAUAAAGAAAAAGCUGCAAAUGAGUUCAUGCGAAUGUGAUGGGUUAAGAGAGAAAAGAAAUUCUCAUCCAUCAAACUUUUUUGAUGCCACGAGGAGAACAUUGUCAGCGGCUGCUUCGCAAGAGGAUGAGAGAUCAAAGGAGAAAGUCAGGCAAUUGGUAGUGGUUCGUGCCUUCAAAAUUCAAGACUGA